CAUCAGGUGAAGAGUCAUCUAUCCACAAUAAAGUUUUUAAGAGACAUUACGUAAGGAACUACCUUUGUUGUUAAUCCUGUUCAUUGUUAUAAGAAGCUACUUAAGAAUGGAAAAAGCUCCGCCACCACCGUAUACCCCAAGCCGGUCUAAUUCAGUUACUCCGGGCUAUCCACCACCCCAGCCGGGCUAUCCACCACCCCAGCCGGGCUAUCCACCACCCCAGUCGGGCUAUCCACCACCCCAGCCGAUGUAUGCUUACCCGCCACCACAACCAGCACCACCACCACAGCCAAUGAUCGUGAACGUUACAAACCAGCAACAAGUCUCAUCAACUGUAAACACUGGCCGUAGACGUGACGGUAAUUGUCCGCGAUGUAGAGUUAGCGACCUCGAGGAGUCGUACACGAUACUUGGCCUCUGCUGCGCAAUUGUAUUUUUCCCGUUGGGCGUGCUAUGUUGUCAUUAUAUUUUAAAGGAAAAAAAAUGUCCACAUUGUGGAGCAGUAAAUCCAUGAAAAUGUACAAUCAAGAAUGGAGCAGAGGUGCACACAAUAAGAAUCAUUAAGCAGAGAUCUGAUCCGAACGCUUAACGUACACAUACUGCACCAUAGCUGCCAAAGACGUAGAUAAUUGUCAAUGUUUCGUUAAUCACAAUCAAAGAAAAACAUAUCGAAGAAAUCGCCAAAAAUAUAGUAAUUAUUAUUUGUUGAAUAAUAUAAGUAGUAGACACGUCAAACUAGAUUAAAUGUCAUUCAAAAAAGUAAUUAGACCUACAGAUCACCAUCCAAUUCGAGACCAUUCUAAUUCGAGACCACUUUUCAAAAUCAACUAUCAACUUCAAUUAUCUUUCCCCGAUCUUUCUAUCUAACACAAAGAUAAUCUAUUGACUGAAAGACCGAAAUCCGAUAUUGUUAAGUCUACACAUUUCCAGGUCCCAAAAGUGGUUUUGAAUUUGAGUGUGAACUGUAUCAAAAUACGUACACGUGCAAUACGUUGCAGAUGUUUUCAAAUGGAAGAGUUUAUUGCUGUAUGUUAACAGAUUGUCAAACAUUCUAUAACGUUGAAAUUAUUACGUGCGUGUUGUUUAUUGAUGAGCAAUAUAAAGCAUGGUUUCCUUAAAAUUGCUACACUAUCGCUCGGGAAAGCUCCCCGAUCCGACCAACCAUGGAAAAAUUAGUUUAGACCAACCAAUCAGCGUUACCAAAAGCUGUCGACGAUAGCGUGUAGCGAUUUUGUGAAAACAAAGAUUAACUUGCUACUGGCUUAAAUUGUAACUUUAUUGUACCCUGUUUUAUGUUUUAGAGGCUGUAAUAAUAAUUUAUUGAACUUACACUUUUGUUAUAGUGGCACUCGUCAAUUGACGGUGCGUUCAAGACCAACAAAAUUACAAAAAAGGAGUUACAUUAAAAUUAAUACAAAAUGCACAAGCACAAAAUUUGAAAGCCCCUUCUUAUCAUAACUUAACAAAUCCAUAG